AUGCCGGGCUCCCCGUCGCAGCGCCCACCCCUGGCCGACGAGGAUGCCGCCUUCUGGCAAACAUACCCGGAGGCCCUGCCGGCUGUCGGACCAGUCUCACCACGGGCGCCGGUCCUCGGGACCGGGGUGUCUCGCGCGGCGGUGGCCGAGAUCCAGGCCCUUCGAGCGCGGCUCUUCGGCCAGAUGGCCCUGGCGUCCCAGCUGCGGGAAGUCAUCUCCCAGCAGCAGGCCGAAAUCUCACGCUUCCGAGAUGAGAACCACUUCUGGGCCGACUCCGUGCCGGAGGUCCUGCGUCUCGCUCAGCGACGCAUUGCCGAGCUCGAAGCCCACCAAAUCCGGGCAGCAGCAGCAGCAGCAGCAGCAGCAUCGUCGACGUCGGCGUCGGCAUUGGCGACGCCCAUCCCCAUGCCGGCCAGCCCGCCUCUCCCGGCCCCCAGGGCAAUGUUCCCCUCCGGAGCACGAGCCGCCUUCGGAGCCGUCGGCAUGGACCUGGACCCGGUGGCCCUGGGGACCGAUGCGGCACCGGCCAGUUCGCCCGAGUGGGGCCCCUUCGCCGAGCCCCCGCCCGGAUCGCCUUCUCCGGCACUCGGCUCGCCUGCACUGGUGGCGAGCCUUGUCCCGCCCGGUACCGCCAGCCCCCCCGGCCCGGUUGCGCCUGCUGCUGCUGCUGCUGCGCCUGCCGGCCUUGCGAUCGGCCCGGGCCUCCCAGCGUCGGGGGUUGAUUCUCCUGUUCCCGGGCCCUCUGCCAGCCCCCCGGUGGUUGCCGCAACGGCGAGUCAGCCAGAAAUCUCAUCAGCCCUGGUCUCCGCGGGCAUUGCCGUCUCGAGAGCCCCCGAGCCCCGCUCGGCACCGGUACCAUCGGUCAUGAGCACGGCGACAAGUGUGUCUGCUGGGUCCGUCCCGGCCAUUCCACCGGCCACGAAUGUCCACAGCGCCAUGCUUGACGCCCCUCCGGCAGGGCCUACUCCCCUUGCUGGCUUGCCCGCUGCACCGUCUGGCCAUGCGGAUCCCCCUGGUGCGAUUCCCCUCAACACCCUGGGCCUGGCAGCCCCGGCUUAUACCCCGGCCGGUGGCCAGCCCGCUCCUCCCGUCCCCACGCCAUCCGACCGGUCGUCGCCUACCGUGGCGGCGGCGGCGGUGGAGACGGCCGUGCCGGCCACAUCCCUCGAGCAUGCCACGUCCGGCAUGGUGGCUGGCCGCCAGCGUCGACCAGCUCCAGGCCGCCAGUAUAAGGACCAGCAGAUUCGCCAGUUGGUUGGCCUGCUUCAGGAGGCCUGCCGGCAGUUGGAUGCCGACACGUUCGUCCUGCCGCCGCGGCCCCCGCCCGUGCCUCAGGCGCAUGCCUCGCCCAUUCACGCCAGAAGCCCACCUACCAUGAGCCAUGAGCCUUCCCCGGUAGCGGCCCCCGGUGUGGCCAGUCCGAGUGGCCCUCCUCCCGAAGGGCCACCCGCAGGCAGUGAGGUGGACAUGGCCCCACUUUCUGGGACACCUCCCUCCGGGGCCAGCUCAAGUGACCCCCUGCACGAAUCCCCCCCCCUGCUUUCCGGGCUAAAUGGCCCGGUCGCCAGUUCGCCCGAGUCGCCUCGGACGUCCGUUGCCACGAGUCCCAUGGCCUCCGCCUGGUCCUCGGCACCGGGCUGGUCGCCGGCACCCGGACCGCGCCCACCGCAAGAUACCCAGUCGGCCGGCUUUCCCGGGUGGCCCCUUUCGGCCGAGUACACCCCUGUGGUGACUUCGGCCCCGGAGGCCGGCUCCGGGCUCCCCGGCCCGCCAGCCCCCCCGGCAGAUGGGCCGGACACAGCCACACCUCACCAGCCCCCAGGCCCGGAGGAUCUCCCCGCCAUGCUGGCCGACGCUCCCGCCAGCUGGACGCCCCUAACCCAAGGCCAAGCCCUGGCCAGCACGCCUCCCAUCAUGCUGGCAGAUGUUCCAGCCGAAUGGGCAGCCUCUUUGACCUCGCCUCCGGCCAGUCCCACCACCACCACCACCUCGUUGCCGGGCAUGACGGGGUCGCCUGCCACCACGGCGUCCUUCCGGUCGCCCGUGAGCCCGAGCAUGUCGCCCCCCGGCCGGCAGAUGGCCUCGGCCUUGGUGGCGCCUCCGGCUCCGGUUGUCCUGGCCGAGGGCCACCCGCUGGCGGUGGAGUUUCAAAGCCCCCUGCUCGACACAUGGCCCCCGGGCGGCUGGCCGGCGCAUGAGGUGGCCAUACAAACCUCGGGCCCAGGCUCCCCCGCGCAAGAUGCCGGGAUCCAGACAUCUGGGCCGCCCUCGCCGGUGCCAGUCUCGCCACGUCCCGGGCCCGCCGCCGCACUGCAUGCGUCCCUGGACGUGGGCGUCCAAACUUCAGGGCCCCCCUCACCCGAGCCAAUGCCCCGGGCUCCCGCCAGCCAGCCGGAGCUGGCCGAUGUGGCGGUGCAAACGUCGAGUCCCCCUUCGCCGGGGCCAAAUGCUCUGGUGCAGGCUCUGGAUGCCUUCACCCAGACCUCGGCCCCCCCUUCGCCGGUGUCCACCCCCCCCGGCCUGGCUUCUCCCGAGCAGGUGGCUGCCUGGGUGCAAACCUCGGCACCGGCUUCGCCGGAUCCAAUGCCAGCUCCCCCCUCGCCCGAGCAGGUGUCCAGCUGGGCCCAGACAUCGGCGCCGCCCUCUCCCGGGCGGGCGUCGACAUGGUGUCAGACAUCGGCGCCCCCCUCGCCCGAGCAGGUCACCGCUUGGGCACAGGCUUCGCCGCCGGGGUCGCCGAUCCCACCAUCAAGCCCACCCUCGCCGGAGCAGAUCGCCACCUGGACCGCUGCCCAGGUGCAGACAUCGGCCCCCCCAUCGCCGGAGCAAGCCACUGCCCAGGUGCAGACAUCGGCGCCGCCAUCCCCGACCCCAGAGCAGGUCCCCCCAUCCCCACGAGUCGAUCAGGUGGUUGUCUCGGUCCAGACCUCCGCACCGCCGAGCCCCGAGCGGGCGGCCACCUGGUCGCAAACAUCGGCCCCGCCAACUCCCGAGCAGGCGGUCACCUGGGUGCAGACCUCCGCACCGCCGAGCCCCGAAGCCAGGCCAGUUGCCCGGUCCCAAACACCGGGCCCAGGUUCCCCCGUGGAGCAGAGGGCCCCGGGCAUCCAGACUUCGGGCCGUUCAUCGGCGCCCGGAUCGCCACUUGCCGUGGCCAUUCCACCAGCGGCAGUGCCAUCCGCCCAGCAGCUGCCCGCCUGGCUUCCAGCCUCGGCCUCGUCGUCAAGUGGAUGGCGGCCGUCGGCCGGGGCCCAGACAUCGGGCUCUCCAUCGCCGGUGGGGCCCGUUUCUUCGGAUGCUCAAACAUCGGCUCCGGCCUCUCCUCGGCAGCAUGCCGCCGGAUGCCAGACGUCAGUCCCCCCAUCGCCCGCGAGCCAGGGCACCGUCGCCGUCCAAACAUCGGCCCCACCGACGCCCAUGCGCCAGACCGCCGCCGUCCAAACAUCGGCCCCAGCUACCCCGGUAUCGGCCGACGCCGCGACACAGGUCUCGGCCGGGGCCACCCCCCUCCCCGGUGCCGGGUACCCCGACACCCUCAACGCCCAUGAUGUCCCGGCUCAAGUGGGGGAUGCCCCCGGUCGUGUUGUGGCGUUGGAUGUCUCGCGACCUCCCCCAGGCGGCCGGGCGAUGGGGGCACGGCCACCGCGAGUCCGGUCGUCGAGUCUCGGCGCGACGUCGCCCCACCUGGCUGACGGUUCGGCCGGGGUGCUGCUGCUCCACCCGGCAGACUGGCAUGCCACUCGGGCCUCCGGGGCGACGACAGACGCCUGGACCCAAACAUCCGCCAGCCCGUCGCCACUCCGGCCGACGGCCACCACGCAGACUUCGGCCCCGGCAUCGCCCAGCCGGCGGAGCAUCUCCAUGCAAACCUCGUCCCCGGUCCCGGGCCUGGCCCGGGCUUCCCCGGUGUGGCUGAGCUCAUCGGCACACACCUCGGCUCCGCCGUCCCCGGUCCAGCUGGCCGCCUCGGUGCAAACUUCGGCCCCGGCAUCGCCCGACCGGCCAAGCGCAUCGACGCAAACCUCGGUCCCGGCAUCGCCCGACCGACCAAGCGCAUCGACGCAAACCUCGGCCCCGGCAUCGCCCGACCGACCAAGCGCAUCGACGCAAACUUCGGUCCCGGCAUCCCCCUCCUCGCCCAUUCACGCCUUCACACAAACCUCCCCCUUACCCGGGAGAUGGUCCCCGACCCGGUCGGGCCUGCAGCAUGCCUCCGUGCCGGCACCAGUCGGCCGCAUUUUGGCGCCGGUGUCGGCGCCGUGCACCAGCCUGGCCAUCGGCUCGCAAACCUCGGGGCCGCCCUCGCCGGCCAUGCGCGAUGUUGCCUCCCACACGUGGGACUUCCCCUCGCUGACCGGGGUCGAUGCGUGGGUCCAAUCGUCGCGAUCCCCCUCGCCGGUGGCGCGUCGCCAGGCCGCCUCGCAGACCUCGAUACCCCCCUCGCCCGAGGCCGUUCACCGUGCGGCACAGACAUCAGCCCCGCCUUCGCCGGCCGGGGUGUCCGUUUGGGUGCAGGCCUCGAGCUCCCCGUCGCCGGUCGAGCGCCGCCAAACUGCCUGCCAGACCGGAUCACCGUCCCCCCCGCCGGUGUCCGUCUCUCGGGCCAUUCAAACUUCGGCCCCGCCGAGUCCCGGUGUUCAACCUUCUGGACCGGCUUGGCCGACCCAGCGCCCGGCCGUGGCGCCUCCCCCCGCCAUGGGAUGGUCGGGAGCCCGGGCCACAAGCCCCAUGGAGCAAGUGCCACACCCACUGGCACCGGUUGCUUCGGACACCGGCGUGCGGCCCCCCCGGCCGACCUCACCAGGCCCGUCUCGCACAUCGAUCGAUGCCUCGGCGCAGACUUCACUUCCAGCCUCGCCCGUCCGGCCACACGACUGGGAGCAGGUGGAGCUUGGUUUGAUUGCGGCUCUCGGGCUGCUGGCCACGCCGGCAGCAUCGGCUAGCAACAGCACCCCCCCGCCGGCUACCGUGCCCCGUCGGCAGGGGCCGCUUGCACGGCCGCGACUUGCGCGACGCCCCGAGGCUCUCCUUCUGCGCCGGAUGCCUGGUGUGUCUGCGCCUUUGGCGGCACCCGCAGAGGCGACCCGGCCGUCGACGCCGGUUGCCGUGCCCAUCAGCCCGGUGACUGAUGAGCUGGAGAUCGCCGGGCUGUAUGCCGCCCUGGCUUCCCUGGCGGAUGGGCCACAUGCGCCGCCGAGCCGGCCCACCGCCCCGACCACCGCCCCGGUCCAGGCCGUGGGUUUGCCUGCCCGGGUGAAUCGCCGGCGCAUCCUGGCACGCGUCCACCACCGCGCGGGUCAACUCCACGCGGCGCACGGCCAGGCCCUGGCGCAUCUCGAGCAGCAUGUCCAGCAAUCUGACCGCCGGAUGCGCGUGGCGCAGGCGGCUCGGCUGCUGGCGGUCUCUCGCGGUCGACACCAGCUGGCCGCCACCACCCGAGCUCUUGAGUCGCAAAUCGCCGGUCUCACAUGCGCCCUGGCCAUCACCGAGCAAGUGGCCGCAGCCAGGGCGGCAGCAGCCCCACCGGCCGCACUGGGCCCCGUCCUUCCCCCGCCCGUGGCCUCGGCUGUGACAGUGUCCACCCCCACACUGGCACCCCCGCCGGCGAUGCUGCCGCCCCUGCAUGGUGUUGCUGCUCCGAUGGUGAGCCCCGCUCUGCCAGUGUCGCCCUCCCCCUCGGGGAUGGAGGCCCUGCCGGUCGCUGCUCCUCUUGAUGCUCCCCCUCCGGCUGUUCCUCCUGGUGACCCUUCCCCGGCUGCCGCCUCGCCUGGGGGCGCUUCUCCUGCUGCCAUUGUCGCGCCAGGCGGCGAGGCUGCGCCGGCCGGGGCUGCCCCGCAGGAGCCGACCACCCCGGCCAUGGCCGUCGACAUGGCCGAGGGGGUCCCCGCCCCGGGGGGUGCUAUGCUACUGGCUGCUGUCCAACCGAUGGCCGCCACCUUGCCCUCGGCGCUUGCUCGCCCCUCCAGGGUGGCAAUGCAUCGGCAUGCGGCGCCAGCUGCCACGGUGCUGCCGGGCUCGCGGCAUCACUCGGCUCGUGGGCGUCUGUCGAGCAUGAAGACGUCCAUUCGCUCGUGCUUGCCGCGACUCGUGGCGCAGCACCCUUCACCGGCAACUGGACGCCCGGUGACACCGUCCUUGUUCUCUCCCCUGCCGCAUGGUGACGAACUGGCUGGCCGGUCGUCUGCGACUCGGUCUCCUUCUCCCACGGCGGACGGCACUCCUUGUCCACCAAGUCGCCCGGCACAUGACCAGCCUCCGGCCUCAUUGUCGGACAGGAUUCCCCUGCUGCCCGGCCCCGAGGCUCCCCUGGUACCGAGUGCUGGGCCGGAGGCGGGGCCUCCGCCGCCUGGGCAUGGGCUCCAGCAUGAGGCCGAAGCCGAGCCUGCCCCGUUGUUUGUACCCCCGGCCGGCUCCAUGCCCGGGAGUGGCGUGGUGACUGGACGCCAGUUGGCGCCGGCUCGCUCUCCGGCGCCGCAAGGUGCACACCAUCUUGCGCCUGUCUCCUCAACUCCCGCCGCAUUCCCGGGGCCGGGGCCCGAGGCGGCAUCCGUGUCCACGCCACGCCCGGAGCCCAUUCCCGGGCCCGAGUUCGAUCCUGCAUCGGCCCCAGAUCCCGGGCUCGUGUUCGAUGAGGGCCCUGUCCCCGAGGCCGAGGCCGAGGCCGAGACCAGCCCCGCGCGUGGGGUGGCAGUCAUCCUCAUGCCCGAGCAGCGGGCCGAGCUGGCGCCCGUUCUCUCGGUUGCCCCGGAGGCCGAUGUGCCACUCGGGGAGGUGACUUGUCCAGCACCCGCCCCCAUGCCGAGCCCUCCGACGCCCUCCCAGCGAGAUGCACCGGUUGUCGGUGUUCCGCCCGGCCCGGCCACCGGGCCCGCUGCCCGGGCAGGUCACCUGGACCGGAGCCGGAUUCAACGCAACCUGACCCGCUCGAUCCGGCGCAUUCGCGGGGCGACCGCAGCGCAGGCCGCCGGGCCGGUUGCCGAGCAGGUCGCCACCUCCACGUCGAGCCGAUCGCCAGCCGGCGAUGUGGCCACGUCGGUGUCUGCGCCUGCCGCUCUUCCCAGCCCGGCGCCUUCUUCGGUCGGUGUCGUGCCAUCGCCGGGAGAGACCCCCAUUGUCUGUGCCCCGGCAACGCCUCUGCCGCUGGAUUCCGGCUCGGCAGCACCCCGCCCGCUGGCCCCGGCCCCAGAGACGCCUCCCCCGUUGGUCGCCGCGUCGCCGGCCCUCGAAGGCCCGCCAUCACCAAGCGUGACUGUGUCAUCUUCUCGGUCUUCGUCGCUGCUGGCCUCGACGGCCUCGGUGAGCCCGUCCUCGUCGAUGAUGCUUGCUCCGGCGGCUCUUACGCCGCUGGGCGUGGCUUCGGCCGGCCUGGUGCCGCCGAGCGCAUCGGUGUCGAUGGAUUUGCCAGCCCCAGCUCCGUCGGUUCCAUCCGCCCCGUCAAGUGCAGCCCCAUCCGCCUCGGUGGGUUUUGUGACGCCUGCUCCGCCUGCGGCGAUCGCAGCUCGUCCUUCAUCCUCGGUGCCACCUGCCGUGUUCUCGGGGCUGGCCUCGUCAUCAGGUCCCCUGCACAUGGACGACCUGGCUAGGCGCUCGACGGCCGAGAGCCUGCUGCUGCGUUCUGAUGACAGCGUUGUUGCUACUGCUGCUGUCCCGGCUGUCGCUCCUGCUGCUGCUGCUGCUGCUGCUGCUGCUGUCGCUGCUGGUUCCCAUGCUGCUUCGGGUCCCGUGGCUUCGACAGCCCAAGCUCGGCCCCCGAGCCAGCCUCCGCACGUCCGACAGACGUCCCCAUCGACUCGCCCAGGUCCACAGCUGAGCCAGCUGGCCCGGCACCAUGCGGCCCUGCAUGCGGCAUCGCUCUUUUCCGCCCUCUCCGCCGGGCAGGCCCCGCAGCCCGCCAUGGUGGCCCCGCCUCUGCCUCCACUGGUUGCUGCGGUCAUCGCUAGUGGGCCUCCCUCGCCGCAACUGCCGAGCGACCGGCGGGCCACCUCGGCCCGGAGUAUGGCCGCGCAGGCGGCCCAGUCCUUCGCCCAGAUCCUGGGAGCCGGCACAGGUAGGCCCCAUGCCGAGCAGUCGCCUGGCCUUGCGUCUCCCCCGCCGGCGGCCCCGAAGCCGGCUCCCCUGGUUCCGACGGCCGACGGGGCCAAUCCGAUUGGCGACGUGGCGCACGUCCUCUCACAACUUUCGCUGCUGGUUCGACAGCAGACGCAGCUUCUCCUGGAGGAGGGCCAGCAUUGGCCCGGGCCGCCUCGACAUGCACUCGAUCCAAAAGGGGGCCCUCUCGGGCGGCGGCACUGAAUAUGACCGGCCCCGCUGUGCCCGGCCCCGCCCCGCCCUCCAAUACACCCCCCACACGGCUGGUA